AUGGAUAUGAACCCUGGCUUCGCUGGCGUCCCUGCCAACAACGGUGCCCCUUCUGGCCCUAUGGCCUUCUCUAACGGCACUCCUCCUGCCCCUGACAUGGGUCAAGUUGCCCCUCCUCCUGGAGCUGGCCCUGACUCUCCCAAGACCACCCUGUGGAUGGGUGAGCUCGAACCUUGGAUGGAUGAGAACUUUAUCAAGGGAGUCUUCCUGUCUGCGGCUCAUGAAAGUGUGAACGUUAAGGUCAUCCGCGACAAGAACUCUGGUAAUGCCGGAUACUGCUUCGUCGAGUUCGCCAGCCCUGAGUCUGCUACCAAGGCCCUCGGCAUGAACGGUCAGCCUGUGCCUAACAGCUCUCGCUCUUUCAAGCUCAACUGGGCCUCCGGUGGUGGUCUCGUCGAUCGACGUGAUGACCGCGGUCCCGAGUACAGCAUCUUCGUUGGCGACCUUGGCCCCGAGGUCAACGAGUACGUCCUGGUUUCCCUCUUCCAGGCUCGCUUCCCCUCUUGCAAGUCUGCCAAGAUCAUGACCGAUGCUAUGAGCGGCCAGAGCCGAGGCUACGGUUUCGUCCGCUUCUCCGAUGAGAACGACCAGCAGCGCGCUCUCGUCGAGAUGCAGGGUGUCUACUGCGGCAACCGACCCAUGCGCAUCUCUACUGCUACCCCCAAGAACCGGGGCAACCACGGCUUUGGUGGUCAAGGACCCCCUAACGGCAACCCCAUGAUGGCUGGUAUGCCUCAGCAGCAGAUGUGGAACGGUGGUGGUAUGCAGGGUUUCCCUUACGGAGGAUUCAACCCCGCUACCCAGAUGAACCAGUUCACUGACCCCAACAACACCACCGUCUUCGUCGGAGGUCUUUCUGGCUACGUCACCGAGGAUGAGCUUCGAUCAUUCUUCCAGGGCUUUGGUGAAAUCACCUAUGUCAAGAUACCACCUGGCAAGGGAUGCGGUUUCGUUCAAUUUGUCCACCGCCACGCCGCCGAGAUGGCCAUCAACCAGAUGCAGGGUUACCCCAUCGGAAACUCCCGCGUCCGCCUCAGCUGGGGCCGAUCUCAGAACAACUCCGGCGUCGGCACUCCUUACCGACCUGCCCCUCCCCCUCCCCACUACAUGGGCAUGCCUAGCCAUGGCGGACCCGGCAACUACGGUCCUCAGCACUUUGGCGGCCCCGCUCCUGGCCCUCAGGGACCUCCCGGGCCCCCUGGUCCUCCCGGCCCCAACGGACCUCCUCAGGAGUAUUAA